AUGUUGAUAUUUCCUCUAACUUUCACCCUAUUCCUCUCCCUUUCCGCGGCUACUACCACCACAACCACCACCACCGGUAUAUGUUCACCUGUGACGUGGCAAGGCACCGGUUCCGCGACCUCUAAAACAGGCCCUCCUAGGCCCCAGCAUACCCGUAGUGUAGUUCGUACUUCACCUAUCAAACCCGGUGAAAUCAACUGUCGCUAUUGGGGCGGAACAUACGAUGAGGUCGAUAAAUCUACUUGUACGAAGCUAAUCCGGAAAUAUCAAAUCACCACAGAAAAGUUCUUCAUUCUCAAUCCAGAAAUCGAACCGGAUUGUGGAAACGUUCGGCCUUAUACCGAGUAUUGCGUUGCGGGGUUCAUUGAGCCAGUGCGAGCUGUAGACGGAUUCUGCGGUCCGCCUCAUAACAAUGCCACUUGUCUCGGGAUGGAUCAAGGGCAGUGUUGCAAUUCGGAGACCUGGACAUGCGGCAAUACUGAAGAAGAUUGCGCUCCUGGUACCUGUUAUGAAGGCGUUUGUUUUGGCGAUAAGGUAUAUAGCACAGAUGGAAAAUGCGGUUACAAGCACGGUAAUAAGCUAUGUGCUGGAAAACAAGGUGACUGUUGCAGCUUAGAUGGCGAAUGUGGUACCGGCCCUAGUUUCUGUGGUGGUGGUGUUUGCCAGUCGGGUAACUGCACGAGGCUCCCUGAUAGCCACUUACUUGGUCACAGUCUAUUUAUGUCAGGAAUACCGUGGUUAACGGGAAACACGACAGACGGCGCAUGCGGUGGUGAAAACAAGUAUACUUGUAAUGUGGUAUAUGGAAACUGCUGUAACAAAGAUGGGCAAUGCGGGUCUCUUCCCUCGGACUGUGGAGAAGGAUGUCAAGCUGAAUUUGGAAAGUGUGACUCCGUAACGUCCAGUUCCUCGACUACUUCGCUUCCUAAGUCAACAUCUGGGAAUAUCGUAGAGGAAAUUUGA